CUCAGCGCGGGUCGUAUUUAUUUUGAAAUUUGAACAACAAAAUAGAUAAUACGAAAAUAAAUAGUAUUUUUCCUUCAUCAAUUUCGAAAAUUCAAUAUAUUUGAGGCGAGAAUGGCACGUCGAAAUCGUAAAGUUAAUAAAUUUGCUCAACGAAAACGCGAUCGAAAGGAACAGGAAAAUAAUCCUCCAGAGAAAACUGGCGAAGAUACACGGACAAACUAUGAUGACAUAAUAAGGGAAAAUGCAGUUUUUGAACAGUAUUACAAGGAACAAAAUAUAUGUCCAGAAGAAGAAUGGGAUGAGUUUAUGAAGUGUCUUAAGACAAACUUACCAACAGCUUUUCGUAUAACAGGGUCUAAAUGUGAAACAAGUUCUCUCAUGAAUAUAGUGCAGAGUGAAUACUUCUCAAAGAUUCUUAAUACAAAAAUGAAUGAUGACAUGCAGGAGGAAGAUGAAAUAAAACCUAUUAAUUUGCCAUGGUAUCCAGGUGGACUGGCUUGGCAGUUGCGUCUCACCCGUAUGGACAUAAGACGCAAUGAAGCCCUGUACAAACUGCACAACUUUCUUAUUGCCGAGACCAAAGCUGGUGGAGUUUCAAGACAAGAAGCUGUGUCAAUGAUUCCACCAGUUGUUUUGCAAGUGCAACCACAUCAUAAGGUAUUAGACAUGUGUGCUGCCCCUGGAUCAAAGACUGCACAGUUGCUAGAGUUCCUUCAUGCUGAUGAAGACUCAAUGCCAACAGGUUUUGUGAUAGCCAAUGAUGUAGACAACAGUCGCUGCUACAUGUUGGUUCAUCAGGCUAAGAGACUCAACUCACCUUCAAUCCUCAUCACCAAUCAUGACUCAGCUGUGUUACCAGCGUUUAAAGUGACUGACCCGCAGAAUCCAGAGUCCACGAAGCAAUUAAAAUUCGACCGGGUGCUGUGUGACGUGCCAUGUUCCGGCGACGCGACGAUGCGUAAGAAUCCUGAUAUCUGGCUCAAGUGGUCUAACGGCAACGGGAACAAUCUCCAUGGCAUACAGUACCGGAUUCUGAGGCGAGGCUGUGAGUUGCUUGAAGUUGGCGGUCGUUUGGUGUACUCCACUUGUUCCUUCAACCCAAUAGAGAAUGAAGCUGUUGUACAUCGAAUGUUGCAAGAAAACGAAGACUCACUCCAUCUUGUCGAUAUUGCAGACUCAUUGCCUGGACUCAAAUAUAUUAAAGGCAUGAGUCACUGGAGACCAGCAUCUAAAGAUAUGGUGUUCUACGAUAAGUUUGAAGAUGUGCCAGAACGUUGGUUGACUGUGGUCAGACCACAAAUGUUCCCACCAUCUCCGGAGAAGGCUGCCUCAUACCAUCUUGAUAGGUGCAUUAGAAUAUUACCCCAUCAUCAAGAUACAGGGGGGUUCUUUGUGGCAGUUUUUGAGAAAACUGCCCCCCUCGCGUGGGAGAAGGCUCGCGAGAAUUCGACUGACACGAAAGCACCGGGGGUAGCGACCGAGAGUGAUAAAGUGCCGGUGAAACGACGGAGAAUGGGUUUCAAAGAAGACCCGUUUGUGUUUUUCAAGCCAGAAGAAGAUGUGUAUCCGGAUAUCAAAGAGUUUUAUGACUUGAGGGAGUUUGAUCCAACAUGUUUGUUGACAAGAUGCUAUGUUGGCAAAAAGAAGAACAUAUACCUGGUUUCCCCUCCAGUGAAAGAUGUGGUCCAACAUAAUGAGAAUAGCAUCAAGAUUAUCAACACGGGAGUGAAGACCUUUGUGAGGUGUGACAACAAGAACAUGAGGUGCCCAUUCAGACUAUCCCAAGAGGGUCUACAGAGUAUGGGACGCUACAUCGGGCCCAAGCGGAGACUUCGCAUUUCUAAAGAGGACCUAGUUACGAUCUUGCAGAAGGACGAUCCCAACAAUCCACCGAGUACAACUCUAUUCUCACAAGAAACACAGGACUUGGUUAAAGAUUUUGACAUGGGCAGCUGCGUUCUAGAGUACAGAGGGGAGGGUAUGGUUGGUCAGCUGUCACUCACUCUGGUGGGGUGGCGCGGAGCCAACACGUUGCGGGCCUAUACUGCCGCGGCAGACACCGUGCACUACCUGCGGCUGUUGGGAGCUGACUACACCAAGCAUGAUAAAAACAAAUUCCAAAAAUCGGAAACUAAAACUGAAACCGCGGAGGGUGAGGCUGCCGAUAUGGACGCACAGACAGACGAAAAUCAACCUAACGCCGCUGGCGAUAGUGAAGAAAGUUCUUUGGUAACUGAUAGAUAAGAAAAGCUUAUUUUAAGUCAAUAAUUAUAUGUAUAAUUAAUAUUUAUAAUAUAUGAAGUUAUAUUGUCAUUAAA